AUGUCACGCUCUCUGAGCCAGCGGCUACAAGCCCUGGCAGACUCAUACAAGGAUACUCUGAAUCAUAUUCAACAACUCCGGACAUUCUCCGCCGCGUCAUGUCCCGAUCCUAACCCAGACGAACGGCGAGUUGAACUUGCGAACGAAAUCCACGACAAUUUAAAAGCGCAGGAAGACACCUUGGAGAUUCUCCGACAAGAAUUCGAUGAUGACUCAAUAUCCCGAUCAAGACGAGGUUCCUUCGGAGGGGAUAUAGCAAAUGAGCGCGAACGCAACGCAGACCUACUCGCUCGACUUGCCGAAGACUUGAGGAGUGCCAGAGCGAACUUCAGGAGGGCGCAGCUUGCAGCGAAGAGAACAGCUGAUUCCGAGAAAAAGAAAGAGCGCGAACAACUUUUUGCAGAUCGAAAGACCGAUGGCCAUGCUCGAGUCCGCCCUACACACGAGAAGUUGACGCAAGACGAGCUGGCAUUGCGGUCUGCUGAGGAUGUCACUAUGGGGCUGCGACGGGUGCACGGUCAGAUGGAGGCAGAGGUAUCAAGAGGGCAGUUUGCGCAGCAGACCCUCGACGAAAGCCAGGUGGCUCUGAACAGUCUGAACGAGAGUUACGCUGGUACCACAGACUUACUGAAGGCUUCCAGAGGGUUUGUGAGCCAGCUUGUGCGCAGCAGUAAGUCGGACACAUGGUUCUUAAAGAGCUCCUUCUACAUACUGGCGGUCACAAUAGCCUGGUUGAUCUUCCGACGGCUUCUCUACGGGCCUCUCAUACUAUUCGUUUGGUGGCCGCUUCGUGCGAUGUGGUGGUUCACCAUGACGACUAUGGGGGCGAUCGGUCUUGGGAAAGCUGAGCUGGCUUCGUCGCGCAUACAAAAGCCGACUAUGUCACUCUCUAUGGCUGGCAUGAACGCUAGAGGAAUGCCAACGCACAGUCCAGGUGUACAAUUCAGAAGCGUGGGAUUGCCCGCGAAAGGUGGUGGAUGGGAUAGAGAGCCUAAGCAACAUGAACCUGGCCGUGGUGAUGAGAGUAUGGUCGAGAAAAUAGGGCGUAUGACAGAGCAAGGCACGAAUGUUGACGACAUUACUGAGGACGAACGUAAGGCUCAGGAGGAGCAGCCUCGGAAUACCAAGAAGCGAAUGAUGGAAGUGGAGGUAGAGACUCCAGCUGCGGGGAGAGACGAAUUAUAGGCCCGUGUAGCAAGGAAUUGUCCUGCUGUAUCAGUGACGGUCUCUCUCACCUGUGGCAAUGGGAAAGGUG